AUGCCAGGGCAUCAUCGGAAAACCAGUCCCUCUGACCGCGAUCCCCUCCGUUAUCUAGGCUUUGGCUCGACAGCAUCCCCCUUCGGAGGUACCAGUGGAACAUCGGGAACUGGUGCUUUCGGUGGUGGCACAAGCACUGGCUUCGGAUCUGGCACCGGCACCGGCACCGGCGGAGGUUUCGGAACCACCACACAACCUCAAACCAAUUCACUUUUCGGAUCUCAACCCCGCCCUGGUGGCUUCGGCGCAACAAACACCACUAAUAGCGGAGGCAUGUUCGGAAACACCCAGACCGCUGGCGCCACUGGGGGCUUCGGCUCCACAGGAUUUGGCUCUGGUGGAACCACUGGCGGUUUCGGCACCAACACCAAUACCACCUCCAACACAGGUGGAAGCCUUUUUGGCGCGAGCAAGCCAGCUGGCUUUGGCACUUCGACUACAGGUACUGGUGGAUUCGGCUCUAGCGGCGGCGGCUUCGGAGCUGGGGCUGGCGCUGCCGCCCCCACUACCGGCUUCGGUGGCUCAGGGACUGCUUUCUCACAACCGGGCGCUGCCGCCACCUGCGAGGGAACUGGAAGUACCCCAUUCAACGCCUUCACCGAAAAAGACAAUGCCUCGAGCGUAACAAACCACUAUCAAAGUAUUUGCUUCCAGCAACCUUACACCAAGUUCUCUUUCGAGGAGUUGCGUCUCGCUGAUUACCAGCAAGGCCGUCGCUUUGGCAACGGCAGUGGUCAGGCCGGUGCCUUCGGCUCAUCGGCUUUCGGUAACACUGGAUUCGGUGCCCAGCAAAACACCACUCCUGCUACUGGUGGUUUUGGCGCUAGUGCCACUCCAUUCGGCGGCGCUGCCACAAGUGCGCCAACUGGCUUCGGUGCGACCCAGACAGCAGGCGGUUUUGGCUCCACGAACUCUAACCCACUGUUCGGAGGGGCGGCCAAACCGGCAGGAAGUACUUUAUUCGGUGCUAAUACCACACCAGCAGCCUCGACAGGGGGAAUGUUCGGUGGCGCCACACAAACUACUCCCGGAGGCUUUGGCAGCAACACUGGGACUGGAACUGGAGCAUUCGGCAAUACUGGCGGUGGCAUCUUCGGGGCUAACAACCAACAACAAAAUAAGACCGGAUUCGGGGCAAGUGGCAGUACUGGCGGCGGAUUCGGUUUUGGUAACAACACCCAAACUACUACCGCUGCCAACCCAUUCGGAGCCUCAACUGCGACGGCCUCGCCAUUUGGUGGUGGUGCGCAACAACAGACUACCGGCGGAUUUGGCGGGUUCGGCAAUACCACGCAACAAAACCAAAACCAAACUCAAAGUAAACCCUUGUUUGGAGGCGGUGGUGGAUUCGGCUCUACCACGCAACAGCAGGGUACCGGUACCGGCAUUCUCGGCGCUGGUGCCAGCACGACUCCCGCCACAGGAACCUCCCUCUUCGGUAAUAAUCAGCAGCAGCAGCCGCAACAAGCCGGUGGAUUGUUUGGCAACACACAGAACCAGCCAGCAGGAUCUUCCGGUGGGUUGUUUGGCAACACGCAGAACCAGCCAGCAAAACCAGCCGGUGGGGGUAUGUUUGGAUCGACCCCAGCUCCCACAGGAGGCGCCUUCUCUGGGUUCGGCGCCUCUACAACCCAACCAGCCGCUGGCGGUGGACUCUUCGGCAAUACCCAGAACCAGACACAGCAAAAGCCUGGUGGUUUCACUGGAUUCGGUACUAGCACCAACUCCGGCACUGGUAGCUUGUUCGGCGGCACCCAAAAUAACCAAACCCAAAACACGGGUGGGUCCUUGUUCGGGGGUAAUCAAAGCCAGCAACAGCAACCAGCUGGCAGCAGUAUGUUUGGCAAUUCUCAGCCUGGUCAACAGUCGCAACCUGCCCCAGGUAGCUUCCAAGCUUCUCUUCUUGACGGAAACCCCUAUGGAAGCCAGUCUAUCUUCUCGGGUCUGCCUGCCCCCAGUGGGUCGACACCUGGACCCCUGGCGACUCCACUGUCUUCUAGCAUGAAGCAGAAGCAGCGAACCCCCCUGCCAGUGUACAAGAUCACCCCCAAUGCUUCCACCCGCCUGAUCACCCCACCCAAGCGUGGCUAUGGAUUCUCUUACUCCACCUAUGGAUCACCCGCCAGCACUACUGGCACCCCCUCUGGUCUGAGUAACAGUCUUCUGGGUGGCGGAGGUAGCAACAGUCUCCGCGGAAGCAUCAAUGGUAGCGUUGGUCGUAGCUUUAGCAAGAGUUACUCCACCAGCAACCUACGCAAGACUUUCGACCCUGAGUCUGAUAGUGUUCUUUCGCCGGGUGCUCUCCAGGCUGGCAGUACGCGUAGCAACUCCGGCCUCAAGCGCCUGACUAUUGACCGUGGAUUGAGAAACGAUCUGUUCUCUAGCCCUGCUGCUCGCGCCUCGCCAGCACCUCUUCUCACCAACGGGGAAGACGCCGGUCAGUCUAGCGACAAACUCAAGAAGAAGGUUAGCUUCGACUCGGCUUCUUCUGGUGCCAACGGUGGAGAACUUGUUCGCACCGAGCCAAAGAGCCCGGAGCCAUCUGCACAGGAGCUCGGAUUCCUCCGCUCCACUCGCAAGAGUGGUAGUCUUAACGGAAUCGACAGCGCUGCCUCCUCUUCCUCCCGUCCUGAAAUGGAGUCUGUGAGCCGCGAUCUCGCUGUGGUCCCUGAAAACGGACCGGCUACUACCAAUGGUGCUACAGUCAAGCGUCUCACUUUCAUCCCUGGCGGUGAUCCCAAGCCUGGCGAUUACUGGAUGCAGCCAUCCCGCUCCGAGCUCAGCAGAUUGACCCGGGAUCAGCUCAAACAAGUUGUUGACUUUACUGUCGGACGUUCAAACUGUGGAUCCGUUACCUUCGAUGGCCCUGUCGAUCUGACUGGUAUCGACAUUGACAACCUAUUUGAUGGCCUGGUGGACAUCAAUCUUCGCAAGAUCACCGUUUAUCCCGACGAGUCCAUCAAGCCCCCCAUGGGCAAAGGUCUGAACGUGCCCUCAAUCCUGCGUAUCGAGAACUCCUGGCCUCGCGGUAGAGACAAGAAGAGCAACUCGCCACUCACCACCGGUCCUCUCUUCGAGAAGCACAUUGAGCGUUUGCAGAAAGUGGGCGACACCGAGUUCAUCAACUACGAGACAGAGACUGGAACGUGGAUCUUCAAGGUGCCUCAUUUCACCACAUAUGGCUUGGAUUAUGACGACGAAGAGGAGAGUGAGCUUGAUCAAAGCACCUUGAGUGCCCCGGGUCCUGAGCACGCUACCCCUAAGGCCCACUUCGACCAAUCUGUCAACUUCGACCAGUCGACCACUUUCUCCAUCGACGAGUCAUUCGUUGGAUCACAGAUGGGUGUUGACGAUGAUACCUUCGAUUUCAAGAAGCGCAAUCUCGUUUCCGGCUUUGUCCCUGGCUCAUUCGCCGGCCAGGCCUCACGGACCGAGGAAGAGGAUUUGUCCGAGGGCGAGACUGAGCAGUCUUUUUUAGAGGAAGGCUCCACGGGUUCAACUACUGAGAAUGAUGAUGACAUCGUCACCGAGAGCCAACUGUCUGGCGAUUCGGUUGUUGGAUCAGAUGAGGCAGAUGUUAUGGAAAUUGCGGGUGCGUUUCCUACUCCUCAUCGCACCGUGGAGCACGAAGACUACCAGAGCACCAAUGGUGAUCUGGAGACCACUCACCCCUUUUCCAAGCACUUCGGCAGUCCCGCGAAGCCUCAGCUUGAUCUCAGUGGCGACUGGGCCGAGCAGCUUCAGCGUACCAUCAGCCCUCGGAAGCAGAACCGUGACGCCCUGCGUGAAAUGCAAGCAGAUGCUUUCAUCGAUCGCAACUUGGUGAGCGACGAGUCCGCAAAGAUCACAAAUCCAUCUCCAAAGAAAGGGUUCUCAACCAGCAUGGAUCUCAUGCAAUCUUUGUUUGGGAAGCAACCCGACCAAAAAUUUCCCUCUCCACUGAAGGCCUCCAAGCCUCAGCUCAAGGGCCCUGAGNNNNGAGUUCCCUCCCCCACCGGUGGCACCCGGCUCUGCAGCAAAUUGUCCCGCUGGCCUUACAACAAACAACCGAAGACCUUUGCCGGUGAUGCGACACAAAUGACCGAAUCCGACGCUGCCUUCCAUGAUUCUUUCAAACCACGGUGGGGUCCUAUGGACUCACUUGUGUGCGCCAGGAACGACAUGCAAGAGACAAUCUCAGAGGUUGAUCAAACCUGGAAAGAAAGUUACACUAUCUUCAGCGAAGAGAGAAGUAUUGCAGUGAUGGCUUACAACAAAUCCAGCGAGGCGAAGGAAAUGCUUGACGUGCAACGGAAUCAAUCUGCUAUUGAGCGUGUUGACGGCACUCCUUUGGUCCGCAUGGCCAAGAUCGACCUGUCACAAUUCCCGUUGUCCCCCUCCAGCCGUUCUCAGUCAGAGGAAGAGCGGCUUAUCUGGCAACUCCUUAACAUCCUUUUCAAUGACGACGUGGAGGACGAUAUCUCGGCCGGCGUUCCCCCAAGGCUACGGAAGCAAUUCUCCCACCGUAUCAAAAAGGACCGACUCACCCGUCUUUGGGAACGAAUCGUCCGUGAAAAGCACACUCAAAACUUAGAUUUGAUUCGUUGCCCGGUGGAACGCGCCGUCCAUUUGAUUUGUGCGCACCGAGUGGAGGAAGCGUGUAAGACCCUCGUGGACAGUCAAAACCCUCAUCUGGCCACUUUGGUCGCACAAAUUGGCCGUGAUGCUACCUCUCGGGUCGGUAUUGCGAAUCAAAUCGAAGUGUGGCGCCAGAACAAUGUGCUUUCCGAGAUGAGUGAACCUGUACGCGCGCUCUACGAGUUGAUUGCUGGUAAUGCUCUUCGCAGCGAGGGCAAAUCGAGCGGUGCACUCGAGGACCGAGCUUCUACUUUUGGCUUGACCGAGCGGUUCGACCUGGAUUGGUUCCAAGCCUUUGGUCUUCGUCUCUGGUAUUGUACCUCUGAAGAUGAGCCAAUUGAGGCCGCUGUGUCCAAAUUCCUUGCAGACCUGGCCACUGGACAUGAACCUGCCUUCCCUCACCCAUCUUCGCACCAGGACAAUGCUCGUGUGCAGCCUGGUUCUGACACUUUAGGCCGCGAAUCACCUCUUUGGGUUUUGCUGAAGGCUUUCUCAGUCACUUACGGCAAUGGUGCCGAAUCUCUUCAAUUCCCGGCAUCUCUGCUCCCCGAAUCGAUCUCCGGUGAUCGUCUCUCCAACCGACUUUCCUUCCAGCUCCAUCAUGUCCUCACUGCCACGCUCGGGCAGCAACAAGCUAUCAAGAUCGACCAACGCCAGACCGACCACCUUGUCUGGGACUUCGCUUCAGAGCUCAGUGCAGGUGGCGAUGUCGCCCAGGCCUUGUUCGUUCUUCUACAUCUCUCCCAGGCCGAGGACCGCAAACGUGCUGCCCAGGACACCCUCGCUCGGUUUGCUGCUCAACUUCCCGAGCCUUUCGCUGCCGACGGCUCCGCCGAUGCCGGAUGGCAAUAUCUUGUCGCCGACCUCCAGCUUCCCGAAGCUUGGAUCUGGGUUGCCAAGGCUCUUUAUGCCCGCGACAUUGGUGACUCGGCCCGUGAGGUUGAUUGCCUCAUUCGUGGAAAGCACUGGAACGAUGCUCACGCCACAUUCUGCCGAAUUGUCGCACCCAGCGCCAUUAUCGAGGGUGAUUACCGCACUCUGGGGGCACUGGUUUCCGGGUUCGGUGAUGGACCGGAGCGCAAGAUGCGCGGCUGGGCCUCUGGUGGUGGUGUCUACGAGGAUUUCUUACGCCUAGUCCAUUCCACCACCGGCCGUCGCGACCCCACUCGUCUGAACAGACUGGUGAAUGCUCUCGUCGCGAUGGGCGAUCGCAUCAAGGACACAGGUUUGGAGGGUCUCGAGGAGCGCGUUGCGUUCAAGGAGAUGAGCCGAGCCGUCGCCACUUGGAUCACCCAUGAGGAUGUUCAAUCUGUUCAGUCCUCUGCUAUCCUGGGACUCCCCUUGACGGGUGAUGCUCGUGUCUUGCAAACUGCGGAGAUGAGUCGUCGCUACUAUGGUAUCAUCAUGGCGGGUGGCCAUUGA